AUGUCGAUGUCUGCAGUUGAACUCGAUCUUAUUUGUGCAGAAAGUGAUGCCGAUGACUUCUCAUUAUCAACAAAAAACAAAAACAUUCGAACCGUAUCCAUUGAAGAAGAUCCAAUAGUCGAAGAUAUCAACGAUGACAACAAUCCAGAUGACGAUGACAUAGCGAUCAUCGAACCUACGGAAGUGGACGCUUCCAAUGACAACAUUGAAUUAACUAAAAUAACGAUUGAAAACGCGUAUACCAGCACAAAUGAAACAGUACUCAGUGAUAAUACAACAACUGAUUCCAAUGAAAACGAUUCGAAUGAUGAAAUCUUUGAUCACGAUUCCAAUAGCAUCCAGAUAGAAAUCUCAAGUGACAGGCCAAAACGAACAAACUUUAUCAAUGGUACAGAACGUCAAAAACCAUCGGGACUACCCACAUUGAUGAUAACAGUGAAAAAUGAAAUGGCUCAACAGCCAGCAGAUGAACAAACAAUUCCAAUAGCCGAUCCUACAGAAACCGCAACUCUUCGUCACAUAUUCAGUGAUGCUGUUUACUUUCUGAUUAAAAGUGGUAAUGAAGAAAAUAUUUCAUUAGCAAAAAGCAAAGGUGUGUGGUCAACGCCACCGGCCAAUGAGAGUAAACUUAAUCGAGCUUUUCGAGAACAUCGAAAUGUCAUCCUGAUAUUUUCUGUUGCGGAGAGCAAAGCUUUUCAAGGUUUCGCUCGCAUGUCAUGUGAAUCCCGUCAUGAUAGUCAACCAGUGAAUUGGGUCUUACCACCCGGCAUGCAUAAUCGAGCUUUUUCUGGUGUUAUCGAUAUCGAUUGGGUCACACAGCGAAGCUUACCAUUCAAUAAAACAUCUCAUUUGUUCAAUUCAUGGAAUGAGAACAAACCGGUUAAGAUAGGUCGUGAUGGUCAGGAAAUUGAACCACGUUGUGCCGAAGCUUUAUGUCGCUUAUUUCCAUCAGAUUCAUGUAUCGAUAUUAUGUCUAUAGCAUUAAAAGCAAAGCGAAAUAAAAAGCGUUAUUCGUCUCGUUCACAAUCACGUUCACCCGUACCAGUAAAUAUGCUAUUACCGACAUCAACGUCAUCACUACCUAUGGGAUCUCCAUCGCCGUCACCAUCGACAACGUUGAUAAUUAAUCGUCGAUUAUCCAAAGAACGUUCUCGUCGUUCAUCAUCAGCUAGUAAAUAUCGGCCAACAUCGUCAUCACAUGUGUCAUCUCGUCAUUCACCAGCGCGUUACCAUCAUCAUCAUCACCGUCGUCGUCGAUCAUCGUCGACAAACGAUCGUCAUAGACGUGAGAAAUCAAGAAGUCGAGAGCGUACAAGUAGAGAUUCACCAAGAAAACGACGGCGAUCAGGAUCAUCAAUACAUUCUCGUCAUGCUAACAAAAGUACAUCCAAUCGAAAACAUUCACAUCGUAGUAACGGCGAUCAAUCAUCUUACAGUAGUUCACACAAAUCGAUGUCAAAAAUCAUCAGUACAGGAACCUAUGAAGAUUACAUGAACCAUCUUUUCACUACCCAUGCUCAAUAUUCUGGUUUUAGUGGAUCAAUGUUCCCAUCCGCAAGUUAUCCGAUGUCAUAUGACCUAAGUGGUUUCUAUCCAAUGGGAUACGAUCAUCGUGGUGUACCAAUAUCAAUGCACGGGGGAGUUUAUGAUACUCCUAUGGACAUGUACCCAUCUCAAUCUACAACUUCUUCGUCAUCACGUUCUCGAAAUAAUGUAAAUUACGAACAAGAGAUAAAUGCUUUCCUUCGCCAUACAACUGUGCCCAGUACGUAUCAUCCAUCGAAUGACAACGGUGCAAAGUUGCAUCGAAACCAUCGUUAUAAUCGAAACGAAAAUGAUUAUCGACACAGAGCAUCUUCCCGACAUCGUUCAAAAUCGCGUGAACACCAUCGUUAA